AUGUUCGUGCUUGUGAAUCUCAAUGAAAUAAUAGUGGCAGUGAAUUUUGGAAUUUUUACGCACCGGAGCCCUGUAGCCAACACACGAUCAUAUCAUUCAUCAUCACCUGCGAGCAUUCGAGUAGGAGAAGGGGCCGUUAAGCUGAUAGCCAUGGCUUCAAUACAAGACCCUCUUUUCUAUGUUAAGAUGAUCGUUUUAACUCUAGGAAUAAUCGAUCGAACGCCGAAAGUUGGAUCUCGAUUAAAACAUUAUAAAAUGAUGGAAUUAGAGGAGAAAUCGCUUUUUCAAUAUAUAAUUGAUAUAGACGAGAGAGGGUUUAGUCCUCGAAUAAAUGAUAUGGAAGAUAUGGCGAAUUAUACACUCGAAACGCAGGGUGCGAAGAAGAUUGGAAAGCUCUAG